GCCGUGAGGCUGAGCAGUGUGGGGCAAGGGGUCAGCUCCUGCACCGUGCUCCCACCGCGCCCCGUUCCCAGGCUGUGUCCCCAGGUGCCCGGGAUGAUGCGGCCGCUCUGCCUCGCCUGGGCGCUGGCCACGCUGUGCCUGGCGGUGGCCCACGCCAGCCCCACGGCCACGCCGCCGGACAAAGCCUCCAUCUUCGCCGACCUGACACCGGCAGAGCUGCGCGCGGUGCGGGAUUUCUUGCGGGGCCGCCCGGAGCUGGGGCUGUCGGCGCAGAGCGGGGACACACUGGCACAGAACACGCUGUUCCUGGUGGAGCUGCUGCCCCCCAGCAAGCGGGCGGCCCUGCGGCACCUGGAUGGCGGAGGCCCCGCGCCCCGGCGCCAGGCACGGGCCGUCAUCUUUUUCGGGGCGCAGGCGGAGCCCAACGUCACCGAGUUCGCCGUCGGGCCCCUUCCGCGGCCCCGCUCCUACCGCCCGCUGCGCUUCAAGGGCGGCCGCUCCGUGCCCUUCUCCGCGCGGCCCAUGACGCAGCAGGAGUACGAGCUGCUGCACCGCGCGCUGGCGGCGGCCACGGAGCCUCUGACCCGGCUGCUGCGCGAGACCACCGGCUUCUGGUACCACAACUGCUCCCAGCGCUGCCUCACCUUCUCCGACAUCGCGCCCCGAGGGCUGGCGCCCGGCGAGCGCCGCACCUGGUUCAUGCUGCAGCGCUUCGUCGAGGGCUACUUCCUGCACCCCGUGGGGCUGGAGCUGCUGCUGGACCACCGCGACCCCGACCCGCGCCGCUGGGCGGUGCAGAGCGUCUGGUACAACGGGCAGUUCUUUUCCAGCCCGCGGGAGCUGGCCGAGCGCUACGAGCGCGGCACGCUGGCGGUGGCACGGCUGUCCGACCCCGCGGGCCCGCACCUCUUCUCCACGUACAUCCCCCGCGGCCGCUUCGCCACCGGCACCGCCACCGACGUGCACGGGGCCAAGGUGUGCGAGCCGCAGGGCCGGCGCUACCGGCUGCGUGGCAACCGGCUGGAGUACGGCGGCUGGAGCCUGGCCUUCCGCCUGCGCUCCUCCGCCGGCCUGCAGCUCUUCGACGUGCGCUUCGACGGCGAGCGCGUGGCCUACGAGGUGAGCGUGCAGGAGGCCGUCGCCUUCUACGGCGGCGACACGCCGGCCGCCAUGCAGACCAAGUACCUGGACGCCGGCUGGGGCAUGGGCUCCGUCACCUACGAGCUGGCGCCUGGCAUCGACUGCCCCGAGGCGUCCACCUUCCUGGACGUGCACCACCUGUACGACGCCGAGGGGCCGCGACGCUUCCGCCGCGCGCUCUGCGUCUUCGAGCUGCCCACGGGCGUCCCGCUGCGGCGGCACUUCGACAGCGACUUCCGCGGGGGGUUCCACUUCUACGCGGGGCUGGAGGGGCACGCGCUGGUGCUGCGCACCACCUCCACCGUCUACAACUACGACUACAUCUGGGACGUGCUGCUGUACCCCAACGGCGUGCUGGAGGCCAAGGUGCACGCCACCGGCUUCAUCCACGCCACCUUCUACACCCCGCGGGGCCGCCGCUACGGCAGCCGCGUGCACAGCCACGUGCUGGGCAACGUGCACACGCACCUGGUGCACUACAAGGUGGACCUGGACGUGGCAGGCACCGGCAACAGCUUCGAGACCAUGGACAUCAGCUUCGAGAACAUCUCCAACCCGUGGAGCCCCGGCGCCCGCGUGGUGCAGCCCUGGUUGCGCCGGCAGCCGCGCCGUACGGAGCGCCAGGCCGCCCUCCCGCUGGGCGCACCGCUGCCCCGCUACCUGCUCUUCUCCAACCCGCGCCGGCGCAACCGCUGGGGCCACGCGCGGAGCUACCGCAUCCAGCACCACUCGCACGCCGGGUGCGUGCUGCCCCGCGGCUGGAAGGAGGAGAAGGGUGUCGCGUGGGGCAGGUACCACCUGGCCGUGACGCGGCACCGCGAGAGCGAGGCGUCCAGCAGCAGCCUGUACAACCAGAACAACCCCUGGGAGCCCGCGGUCAGCUUCGAGAGCUUCAUCCGCAACGACGAGAGCAUCGAGGACCAGGACCUGGUGGCCUGGGUGACGGUGGGCUUCCUGCACGUCCCGCACGCCGAGGACAUCCCCAACACGGCCACCCCCGGGAACAGCGUCGGCUUCUUCCUGCGCCCCUUCAACUUCUUCGACGAGGACCCGUCGGUGGCAUCGCGCGGUGCCGUCAUCGUGCGCCCGCAGGACCCUGGCUUCACGCGCCUGGAGGUGCAGCGCUGGACCCCCGACAGCGCGGGGCCCUGCGUGGCACCGGAGCCCUUCUCCUACAAUGGCACCUACUGGCUCGUGUGAGCGCCAUGGGGGGGUCAGGCGGUGCCUCCUGCGUCGUCCUCGGAUCUGUGGGGCCGCGUGCACAGGGCCCUCAACGCUGCAAUAUUUCAUGGUGCCCACAUUGGCGGUCGUCCCGUGUUUUUUGUGUCCGUCCAGG